GAUGACCAGAGACUGCGGACGUAGUACAGGAGAUGACCAGAGACUGCAGACACACUACAGGAGAUGACCAGAGACUGUGGACACAGUACAGGAGAUGACCAGAGACUAUGGACACAGUACAGGAGAUGACCAGAGACUGCAGACAGUACAGGAGAUGACCAGAGACUGCGGACACAGUACAGAUGACCAGAGACUGCAGACAGUACAGGAGAUGACUAGAGACUGCAGACAGUACAUGAGAUGACCAGAGACUGCAGACAGUACAUGAGAUGACCAGAGACUGCAGACAGUACAGGAGAUGACCAGAGACUGCGGACA